CAUUUCCUACCAAUAAUGAAGGAAUAUCUCUAUCUAGUAAUGAAGAAAUAUCUCUGCCUAGUAACGAUGAAAUAUCUCUGCCUAGUAACAAUGAAAUGCUACCUAAUAAUGAUGCAGCUGUUACACCUAAUAAUAAUGAAACUAUACUGCCUAGCAACGACGAAACCAUACUAUCUAGUAAUAAAGAUGAAAUUCAGUAUGAGGAUGUUGAUGAGUAUCUCCAUGGAUAUGCGUGGCAAGAAAAAUUUGUAGUUAUCAAAAUUAGAAAUGAACGGAGUCCCCCACCAGACGAAACUUAUAGUUCCUAUAAUGAUUUCAUAAGAGAUUUUUAUUUGUGCCGGAAUGAUCUUUCUCCUGCUGGGUUUGAUAUUCGAUGGCAUAAAAUUAUUGAGUUCUACCCCAAGGCGGCAAAUUAUCUUAAUUCUGAGUUAUAUUCUAGUAAAGGAAAAUGGGCUAAAGCAUACAUGAAUAAAUUCUUUACAGCUGGCAUUUUAUCUACAUCACGUGUUGAAAGUGAGAAUGCUGUAAUAAAAAAUGUUCUUCAAGGCUGUCCUAGCCUUUGUGAACUUGCCUUGAGCGGUGCUUUUGCGGAUUGUUUUCCUGAAAUUGAUCGUGUUCUCAAGGAACACCUUACUAUAAAAAUGCUUUCAAGACAAAGGCAUGAAAUUAUACAAUCACUUUACUAUUAUGUUGUAACAGAAAACAGAGAAAUGCCUAAUGACAAGCAUGCUGAGAAAAGCUAUGACACACAGCAAAUUCAUUUGGAUUCUCUUUUGGAAGACCUUCCUCCAAACGAUAUUAUUAAAACAUACAAAAUUCAACGACGUCAUUGCGUUCAUAUUAACUAUGUUAUUAUUUUGGUGGAUCGUUCACAUUUAUGCAUAUGCAUGCUACUUGUUAAUUCUGGCUUAGUUUGCCAGCACUUUUGGCAUGUAUUUGCCAUUGACAAUGAUGCGUUUUUUCAUAUGACACUUAUUCCUAGGCGUUGGUAUAAUAAUGAAAAAAUGCAAGACUUAUAUUUAGAUGAGCAGCUCUACAUGACAAGCGUUGGCCUGGUAUCUUUGUAUGAAGGUUGUUUACCUUGUCCUUCACGUUUUUCAAUGCACCAAAUUGUGAGAAUUCAUGAUAAUGAUGUUUUUGGUUCAGAAGUUUGCCGUGCAGUACAAAAACGGCAUGAUUAUGGGAAAACUUUUGGUCUUGCUCGAAAGGCGGUUCAAUCUGCGGUUGAGAAAAGUGGUGAAUCUCUUUGUCACCUUAAAAGAAGCCUUCAUAAAUGGUUUGCCAAAGAACAAAGGUUGGCUCAUGUUGACAAUAAUAAUAAGGAGAAUUUUAAUCCUGAACAUGUUAAAAAUCCAAUUGAAAGAUGGCAAAAAGGACGACCAUCAGUUAAAAGGUUAAAGAGUAGCACCGAACAAGUUAGAAGUAAAAAGCCUCAAAACAAAUGUGGAAAAU